GUGUGGCCGUGCACUUGUGCAGUCAUUCUCGACACACACUCUCAGGACGGGAGCGACAGAGCAGACCAGAGACACAGAAUAAAGCCUGAUCAUUAUCAGCAGCAGUGUUAUGUGUAGAUAAUCCUUGUGCGUGUGUGUGUUGGGUUUGACAUGUCUCUGUGGCACACACACCAGCGGUGUGCGUCUGCACUUGUCCUGAUCCUGCUGUCUCUCUUCUGUCACAUCUCAGCGUUUAAUCUGGACACCACGUCCAUCCUCAUCAAAGACGGAGAACCGGGAAGUUUCUUUGGCUUUUCAUUGGCUUUACACCAGCAGCUUACACCUGAACCUCACAGCUGGAUAUUAGUGGGAGCGCCCCAGGCGAGAGGUAAAGGAACUUUGGAGAGCAGUCGUCCUGGUGCCCUGUAUCGCUGUCCUGUCACACCUGAGCAGUGUGAACGAGUGGACAUUGACGGAAAUGUGAGUCUGGAGCGAGAGAGCAAACAUAACCAGUGGUUGGGUGUCACUGUCAAAAGCCAGGGGAUUGGUGGAAAAGUGGUGACUUGUGCUCACCUCUAUGAGCUCAGACAACACGUCAAUCAGACGUUUGAGACACGUGACCCCAUCGGACGCUGUUAUGUUCUGAGUGAGGAUUUGACCGAGAGAGAUGAUCUGGAUGGAGGAGAGUGGAAGUUCUGUGAGGGUCGUCCACAGGGACAUGAACAGUUUGGAUUCUGUCAACAGGGACUUUCUGUCAGUUUCACACCCGACAACAACUACAUUCUGUUUGGAGCUCCAGGGACAUACAACUGGAAAGGGCUGUUGUUCAUGGCCAGUCCGAUUGAGGAUGUUCUUGUCUACAAAACUCUGGAACCGUCCAAAAGCUCUUUUGAUGAUGUGGCUCAGAACAGCUACUUGGGUUUCUCUGUGGACUCCGCAAAAGGUGUGAUGAGGAAAUCUGAGCUGACUUUUGUUGCCGGAGCUCCACGAGCCAAUCACACCGGAGCUGUGCUUCUGCUCAGGAAAGACAACGUCUACAGACUGAUGCCAGAGUUUAUCCUGUGGGGUGAGGAGCUGGCCUCCUCCUUUGGUUAUUCUGUGGCUGUAGCUGAUCUAAACAGAGAUGGCUGGACAGAUCUCGUAGUGGGAGCUCCUAAUUUUUUUGAUCGCAAGGCAGAGAUUGGCGGUGCGGUGUAUGUAUUCCUGAAUCCAGCAAGUCACUGGGAGAAGGCCCGACCGAUCCGACUAAAUGGAACCUACGACUCUAUGUUUGGCAUGACCAUCAGCAGCACUGGAGAUCUGGACCAGGAUGGUUAUGACGAUUUUGCUGUUGGAGCACCUUUUGAUGGAGAUGGGAAAGUGUUUAUAUACCGCGGUUCUCCAUCUGGCAUAGAUACCAAACCCUCUCAGGUUCUAGAUGGGCUGAAUGCAGGAGUGAAGCAAUUGGGCUACUCUAUAUCAGGAGGCUUGGAUAUUGAUGGAAAUUUCUAUCCGGAUCUGGCUGUCGGCUCCCUCAGUGAUCAAAUUGUGCUUUACAAGUCACGUCCAGUGAUCCAUGUGAUUAGAGAGAUUUCCAUCGAGCCUCAGUAUAUUGACCUUACGCAGCACAACUGCCCAGGGAAUCACGGCGUUUGUGUGGAAGUGAAAGCCUGCUACACAUACACUGCUUAUCCAGACUCCUUUUCACCGCGCAUCACACUCGGUGUACAUUUUGAGGCAGACGUAGAUCGUAGGAAACUGAGUCUGCCUCACAGAGUUCACUUCUUGGAGCGCAGUGUAUCAGAGCCGGAGUAUAUCCACUCGGUGGAAGUUGAGCUCCGUGGGCAAAAACAUCCCGACUGUCAGACGGUGACUUUCGCUGUGAAGGAAAACAUUCUAGAUAAGCUGCGGCCCGUCUCUCUGGCUAUCACGCACACUAUACGGAGAACCAGACAUACCCACCAUCAUCAUGCUGGACAUAAACCCUACAACCAACUGAGUCCUGUACUGAGCCCCAGCCCUUCAAACACGCUCUACUCUGAGGUGAAUUUUGUUCGGGAAGGUUGUGGUGAGGAUCAAAUUUGCCAGAGUAACCUUCAGCUGACCUAUCAGUUUGGUACCAGAGCUCCCAUUUCAAACACCUUCACUCUUCUCCCACGAGACGAGUGGGAUACGCCAGUGUUCUCGCUGUCAGAUCAGAGGUCAAUAAUGCUGGAGGUGACCGUUACGAAUAUGCCCUCGAACCCUGAGAAUCCACAGGAGGAUGGAGACGAUGCUCACGCCGCUCAGCUGCUGGUGUCUCUACCGGACACUCUCUCCUACUCUGGAAUCAUGGGACAGCAGGUUUUGUGUGAAGCCAAUCAGAACGGCUCUCAAGCGCUGUGUGAUCUGGGCAAUCCUGUGAAAAGAGACGCAGCGGUGAAAUUAUCUCUUCUUCUGAGCACAUCUGCCAUCACCAUCGAAACCACAUCACUGUCUGUUCGCCUUGUGAUGUCCACGAUCAGUGAGCAGCAGUCUUUGGCUCCGGUCGUGGCGUUUGCACGUAUGGUGAUCGAGCUUCCUCUGGUGCUCAGCGGGCUGGCUCAUCCUCAUCAGCUCUUUUACAGCGGUGCAGUCGUGGGAGAGAGUGCUAUGACGUCUGUGCAUGAUGUCGGCAGUGACGUCCAAUAUGAAUUCAUCGUGUCUAACACUGGUCAACCUCUCCAAACAUUCGGCUCGGCAUCCCUGAACAUUCUGUGGCCGUAUGAGUUCAUCAAUGGGAAGUGGCUGUUGUAUCCCAGCGUCCUGCAGGUGGACGGACAGACGGACACUCCAUGUGAACCUCAGUCAGCACUGAAUCCGCUCCGGUUAGCCCUCAAUGAACCGUCACAUGCAGUGGACGUCAAGAGCCGACAGGUGAGAUCUCACAUGGAGACAGAAGACGACGUCGUCACGAAAACCCCAGUGAGCGAGAUCACUCCAGCUGUAUCGGCAUCAGAGAGAAGGAAAACUCUCACACUGGACUGUUUGUUUGGUUAUGCACGCUGUCUGACCUUCAGGUGUCCUCUACACACAUUUUCUGGCUCAAUCCGUCUCAAGAUCCAAGCGAACGUGUGGAACAGCACUUUCAUUGAGGAGUUUUCAUCUGUCAGUGCUGUGGAGAUACUUGUCAGAGCCAAUAUCAGCAUUAAAUCCACCAUCAAACAUAUUGUGCUCAAGGAUGCUUCUACACAGGUGUCAGUAACAGUUUAUCCAGAACAUGGAUUGUCUGAUCAGCACAUCAUCCCAUGGUGGAUCAUUCUCAUUGCCAUUCUUGCUGGAAUUGUUGUUCUCGCUCUGCUUGUUUGUAUACUGUGGAAGUGUGGUUUCUUCCAUAGAGUUCAGUAUAAAGUGCCUCGGUAUCAUGCUGUGAAGAUCCGGCGCAAAGAGACACCAAUUCUGGACAAGUCAUUAAUUUUUCACAAAAAGCAAUGGGCGACCCACUGGAAUGAUGGCACAAUCUGAUGUGUAGUGAGGAUGCUGUACUCAAAUCUGUUGUGCCACUCAUUUUGACUUGCACUGUUCAAUACACUGUUACAAAUAAGCUUCACGAAGCAUUUUAUAAGUGGCCUUUUCAGCAGGACUGACAAUUCUGAUAUGUCUGUUAUAAACACCACAAAGAAAUUAUUUUUGGAUUAGCUCUAUCUAGAUGGAAAUGGAAAUAUCUGCACCCAGUAUCAAAUUAAAUUACACCUGAUAAUGUUUGUAAACCAAGUCGAGUAAACCUUGACCAAAAGUAAAAGGUAACCAAAAGUAACCAAAGUAAACCUUUAUGACUUUCCUUCUUCUGUGGAACACAACAAAAGGUUUUUUGAAGCAUGUUGGUCAAUUGGUCCUCUUUGACUUGCACUGGUUUUGUGUUCAUGAAAUAGAAGUCAACGGGGACCAACGAUUUUCUGUUACCACAUUCUUCAAAAUAUCUUCUUUUGUGUUCUGCAGAAGAAUGAAAGUCAUACAGGUUUAAAAUGACAUGAGGGCAUGUAAAUGAUGACAGAAUUUUCUUUUUUGGGUGAACUAUCCCUUUAAGGCUUUUUUGAAGCUGGAACUUAUUUUGAUAGGUGGUGUUUCAUCACAAGAGGGACAUGUUAAAAUCAUAUGAUCAAUAACUUUUGUACAGAAUCUUACCCUAAUAAACAUAUAAACAAAUGCUGUGUAGAAGUUCUGUGUAAGACACAAAGCCAGGCAGAACCAGCAGAUUUUGAUGUGUUUUAUUUGAACUGUGUAUCUGACUUCAUUAAAGUUCUUGUGGUUACAUCAUGGUCUUGUAACAUUUGUUUGUGUGUUUUCUUUUGGGAAAAGCAUGUGGCUGGCGUGUGUCUUGUAUUAGGAUCCUGAUACCUGUGGCCUGUUGCACAAAGCCAGUUCAAGGGGUUGUGGGAUUACAAAUGUAUACAAUGUUAUAUCUACGUUAAAGUUAUGUACAUUAUGUUUCACAUUUUAAGGUAAAGAUGAUGACAUUCUAAGAAGAUCAAAUCAGGCAGCCCAGGUGUCUGAGACAUUACCCUUUUGUCUUUAUGCGCUUCCUGACCAUUGGGCAGGGUCCCAAGUUAAAGCUGAAUGCUAAGCUCAAGGCACAGCUAAGCCUUUGUCUCUAUGAUAAUGUGAAGGUAUGGGCAAUACUGUCAGGCUGAUUGGAUUAGCACCUAUGCAUUUGAAUGACACUGUUAUGCUGAUGAGACUUUGGCUGGGACAAUUACGGUAACGGGCUGAUUCCUGUAUUGCAUUUGAAUGCUUUUUGUAAAUCAGUGAUCACCAACCCUGCUCCUGGAGAUCGACCGUCCUGAAGAUUUCAGCUCCAACGCCAACCAAACACACCUGAACUAUCUAAACAAGGUGGUUUGCUUGAUAAUUACAUUCAGGUGUGCUGAAGCAGGGUUGGAGCUGCAGUCUGCAGGAUGGUCGAUCUCCAGGAGCAGGGUUGGUGACCACUGGUGUAAAUCAUCUCCACCUCUAUGUAUCCCGCCCCCUUGAAAGGUAUAAAACUCUACUGUGCUGAACUAAAAGUCAGACUUGGAUGACUACAGCGACGCACAGCGAGUCCUCAAUAAAGAGAACUUCUGUAUGAAAGAUAUCCCAACGUCUCCU